AUGAUCAAGACAGCGUAUACUAUCGACCUGCGCCCUCAGCUUCCAUUCUAUACGACAGGGAAUCGUUACCAAACAGACCCGCCUCGGAACGUAGGAUACACAUUGAUCCUAUUGCACGCUACCGGGCUGCACAAGGAAACCUGGGAGCCUGUUAUUCAGUUGCUUUUCGGUCUGUCGUCGAAGCACAGCGCACCUCAAGGGACCAUUCGAGAGGCAUGGGCGAUUGAGUGCCCAAAUCACGGCCAGAGCGCCGUGCUCAAUGAGAAAGAGCUCGAGCAUACCUGCACUGAGGAGUGGGACGGAUGGAUCUAUCCACGCGCGGUACACGCGUUCCUGGCGUCUUCCCCAAGCGGGCUGAACCUCUCAGAGCACAAGUUCAUCGUCGCUGGGCACUCGAUGGGCGGAAAUGCAGCAGUCCUGCUUACAGCCUUGACGCCACAACUCCAUAUCGAGUCCGUCGUCCUCUUGGACGGAACCAUAGCCUCGAAAAGCCCAGAGCGGGACCACAUGGACAUAAUCCUCGCGCAGCUUGUCUGGCCAAAGCCGGACGUGUGGCGCAGUCGGAAAGACGCUCUGAGAUGGCAUUCUUCUGCACCAGGAUUCAAGAGCUGGGAUAAAGCGGCCCUUGAGCUCUUCGUCGAAUACGGCCUGAAAGCGCAUCCCGCCUCCAAGUACCCACCACCAUUUACGUUCAAGGGCGUCACUCUUGCGUGCAACAAGAGUUACGAGGCGGCCUGCUACCGCGCGAAAACGCAUCAGGAAGAAGCCUGGGAACAGCUCCAGCACCUCCAUGCAUAUGGUCCACCUGUGCACGUCAUCUUGAGCGAAAAGGAUGAGUUCAGCGGCGCAAAGUUAAAGCAAGCAUUGCUGAAAGGAAAAUACCGCGGCGGUGCUGCAAGCGUCCAAUACGUUGAAAAUACCAGCCAUAUGUUUCCUCAACAACGCCCGGAGGCUACGGCGCGUGCCCUGUGGAAGGCUAUCCAGGCGUCUUCAGAAAGGACUCCUGCUGCCAAGCUCUGAAACCUUCUGUCACCGUACUUGUAGCCUGACAAGACAGCUACACGUCAAAUUUGCCAUUAGCAUAAGACGACGUGUCCCAGGAAUAAUUAUUUAAGCUUACGUGAG